ACCUCUUCUGAUGCACCCCGCCACGCUCAUUCAGUGGCCGGUUACGGUCAUAGAUAGAUGUUAAAUAAAUUCUCGUCUGCAUCAAAGAACUUUUAACUUGCCGCGCAUGGUAUUGGUGAAAAGUCUGGAUAAGGUUUUUCGUUCUUUUUUUGGUUUAAUUUUUUUGUUCGCGUUUUGGUGACUUGUGCAAAUAAUUGGUAAUUUUUUUCUUUCUUCUGAUUGGAUUUGGUGGUGAAUGACAGUUGGAUUUUAGAAAAGGAUACAAACUAGUGGAAACUUUUUGAAAUCUGCGAUUUUGAUAUAUUUUGUUUUUGAUCAUAAUGGCUGUGACAAACAGGAUAAUUCUACUGGUUUGCGUUUGUGGGAUAAUUUGGUCCUUCGGAUCUGCUGAAGAAACACCUAAAGCCAAACCAUCUUCAGUUUCAGUUGAAUACAACGUCACGUGCUCACCAAAAUGGAUGAUAGUGACAGUAAGUGUGAACUCCACUUCUUCACAGGUAUAUUUGGAAAGACUAAAGACUUAUCCAGAUUGCCAAGCAGAGUUGUUGGAAGGUCUUCACGUUUUCCGUUUACCUUUAGACAACAUCUACUCUUGUGGCACGACGAGAAUGCUCAACAAGAUUACGGGUGUGCGCAUCUAUUACCACCGUGUGAUCGUGGAAGAGCCCCAGGAAGAACUGCAAAUGAUUCUGGUCACGUGUUCGAUUCCCCCCACUCACAACACCUCUGAUCCGGAAGUGGUUCACAGAACGAGGAGGAACACCUUGCCAGAAAAUUUUGUGGAACCGGAUUACGUCAACAUCACAGACUAUAUCGUGGCCAGCGCACCUGUCCCAUAUCUGAACAUCGCAGUGCGACAGCAUGGUAAAAUAAUGGACACAACUCUCAACGUUCAGCCGGGAACUCCAUUAGAAAUGCUCAUAUACUUAGACAGGAAAAGUGCAGACACAUAUGGAUUGCUGACAAGUUUCCUAAAAGUAACUGACAGUUCUCCAAAUCAAGAGGAAGUGAUCAUCAUGAACGGGUGUUCUAUCGACCCUUACAUCUUCGGGAACUUUCAGUCUCUCGAAAAUGGCGACGCCCUCUCUGCAAAAUUCAGAGCGUUCAAGUUUCCAGACGCCAACUACGUCCUGUUUGUGGGCACAGUCAGUGUCUGCUUGCAGCAGUGCAGAGGAGUCCCCUGCGGUAAUGGUCAGCUGGGAUAUGGUCGCAGAAGGCGGCGCGCCAUUCCCACAGAUCUUCCUCCAGAUCCCAACAAGGUGUUUGAGGUGGAGAUGACCACCUUUCUUAAAGUGGAGUACUCAGAAGAUCACUUCACACUAAACAAAGGUGCUUUGAAAGGAGCGUUCGAGCCCCGAAUGAACGUGUCCCACGUGAAUGCGACACAAGAAACCAAUAGCAGUGUGAGCACCGCAAAUGAAGUAGCUGCCCUUUACAGAAACAGCGCCACGUCCCUGCACCCAUCGAGUCUUACAUCUGUCACAAUAAUGGCAGCCGUGAUAUUCCUGAUGAUGCAUGCAAGCCGAAUGUGGAAAUGAGAAAGAGAACAUCGCCAACUCCAUCGCCAGUUUCGCCAACUCUAACCUUCUGGUUAAUCAUGUAUUCAUAAUUUAUUAACUGUUGACUCCAUGUGUAAGAGGAGGCCUUUUCGAGAGGUGUCUGACUCGCCCGUUCAUUUUCUUGCUGUUGAACAGUAUUGAAAAAUUUGAUAAACCAUUCUGUCAUUAUACCUGUGGUAUAAUCCCUUUUGGCGAUUUUAUCUUAUUGGCGGCAAAAAAGAUAUUAUCAAAAUUCUAACGAAAACUAGAAAUUUGAAAAAAAAAUCGCCAAAUGAAACAUUUUAUCAUAAUUAUUUUCAUGAUAACAAACUCAAAUUAAAGAGAACCAAUGCUAAAUGAAAAUAACUUUAUUCCUAAUAUUUUGUAAAAUUAAACAUUUUUUUAAGUUAAACUGAAUCCAGUGA